GUGAAUAUCGUCAUCAAAGUAGCUUAGAUUAGUUUAGUAUAGUGACGUGUUUUAAUUAUUCUCGUAUUAAAAUAAAUUGAAGUUGGUGUCAAAAAAGUUCUUGAUGAGUUGAGGCUGCGAUUGGCGGCUGUUGUUCCAGUUAGCUGAAGGUAUCGACCAAUGGAGGAGGCGGUGACGCGCAGCCGUAGCAAAGCGCUAAGCUGCGCGGGACGCGCUACGAGCGACAGACGCUACCCCGGAUCUGCUACGCCUGGCGACUGAAAAAAUGUGUUAGUUAUGUGUAAGUGCGUUACAUGAAGGACAUCGGGUUUCCGAAAUGCAGGGGCUCCAAGCCGCGAAAGAGAAGGCAUCCAGCCUCUUCGCCAACAAACCCCUAAUACUCAAAAACAACCAAUAUGAAAACUUCCACGUGGAACAGAAGGGCUAUGAUCAGAUGUACGAUGGAGAAGAUCUGGAGACACCACCCUCACCGGAUCGUCCUCCACCAAGACAGAUAGACAAAUACGUCCGCGCGGAAUGCCCGUGUCUCAGCGCACGUUACACUGUAGCGCUUCUCGCAUGCUUCGGCUUCAGCAUCAUGUUCGGCAUGCGGUGUAACAUGAGUAUGGCCAAACUGAAAAUGACUGAGAAACAUAAUACCUCCUAUGGCGUGAAAGAAGACACUCCUUUUAACUGGAGCGUGAGCGUAGAAUCAUCAAUUGACUCGUCUUAUUUUGCUGGAUACCUGAUAACCCAAGUGCCGGGAGGUUACCUGGCCUCCAUGUACCCGGCUAAUAGGAUCUUCGGAGCCGCCAUUGUCGCCUCAGCAUUAUUCAACAUCGCUAUACCUGGCGCUAUGAGCAUAGGACCUGUCGCUGUCGUCCUUUUGAAAGUUGCUCAGGGUUUUGUUGAGGGAGUAACUUAUCCAUCAUGCCACGGAAUAUGGAGGAUGUGGGCACCGCCAAUGGAGCGCUCAAGGUUGGCAACUUUAGCUUUCUGCGGCACUUACGCGGGGAUCGUCAUAGGCAUGCCACUAUCAGGACUCUUAACAGAUUAUAUUUCGUGGCAAACACCAUUCUACUUUUACGGUGUUUCUGGUAUUAUUUGGUACUUUCUUUGGCUUUGGCUUGUGUUUGAGCGACCAAGCAAGCAUCCUCACAUUUCUGCUCGCGAGCUGACAUACAUCGAACAGUCCCUGGGCACCUCCUCGCAGGCCGCUAUGCCUGGCUUUUGGAACACACCUUGGAAAGAAUUCGCUACAUCCCCACCGGUGUACGCCAUUAUUGUGGCGAAUUUCUGUAGGACAUGGAACUUCUGCUUGCUAGUGAUCUUCCAAUCGGCAUAUUUUAACACGCGUUUCAAUAUGCAGAUCACUGAGUCCGGCUUUGUUGGUGCUAUUCCACAUUUGAUCAUGACUUCUCUCGUGCCGAUCGGCGGCAUGAUGGCUGAUUACUUGCGUAAAAAUAACAUCAUGACAACAACGAAUGUGCGUAAGCUUUUCAACUGUGGUGGUUUUGGAUUAGAAGCCUUCUUCUUUGUACUCGUGGCAUACGCUGAUAAUAAGUACGUAGCAACAAUAGAGUUGACCCUCGGUGUGGCUUGCAGUGGAUUUGCAAUUUCGGGAUACAAUGUAAAUCACCUGGAUAUAGCGCCAAGAUAUGCGUCCAUUUUGAUGGGCUUGUCCAAUGGCAUCGGCACGAUUGCUGGCUUUAUUGUCCCCAUUGUGAUUGAUUACAUGACCCAGGAAAAGGAUCAACUAGAGAAAGCUAUAACGGAAUGGCGAGCCGUGUUCAUAAUGGGCGCUAUGGUACACUUCUUCGGGAUCACCGUCUACGGCAUAUUCGCGUCUGGAGAGCUGCAGCCCUGGGCCGAACCUGCUCCUCCUUAUGAAGCUCCAUUGAAGCCCAUUGAUCAAGAAACCACAUUCACGGAGCAACCGUCAGCUCCUCUGAAAGGCUCCGAGCCGUCCGGUUACGGCAGCAUGGCGCCCGCGCGCCCACCCCCUCCCCCGCCCGCGCACGUGCCCAACAACCCGUUCGUGUCCGGCGCGCUAUACCAGGCGGAGCCGGUGCAGCCGCCCGCCGAACCAUACCACGACCUCACCGACGACGGCACUUACUGAGCCCCCACUAGUAAAUUGGACUAGACAUGUGCAGUGAAACUAUCCGUGAAUAAAUUCGUAAAACAAAAAAAAAAAGAUAAAAAUUAAGUGUAGUAACGAAGAAAUUAAAUGCAUUAACGAAGCUGUAGAAUUAACUAAUCAAUAAGAGCAGUCUGAAACAUAAAAGAGCAAAGCUAAAGCAAUGUUGUACCUAAUUAUCUGAAAUAUAAAAACAGUUUAAAUUCUCUGAAAAUACAUAAGCGCAUAAUCCUAAUAAAACCUUGAUUGAUUUUCGACCCAAUUUGUAAACCAUCUAAAAGCAAAUAAGCUCGAAGUUAAUGUGGAAUUGUUCUGCAGUUACUGCGCUUUGAGAAUAAAUAUUACAAAUUGAUUAGUAUACAUAUAGCGCUUCCUAUGCGCGUUGUCUUUUAAUGGCUUUGAAAGAGAUUUAAUCGUUAUAGUAUCUUGACAGUAACUUUGUACUUAAUCGGAUCCGUAUUUAAUAAAUUGCAUUUAAAAGUACAAAUAAAUUCAGAUACUUUCGUAAAAUCUACUCACAACCGUUACUAUUUCUAUCAAUAAAUGCACUUGUCUAGUUUAAUAUGGUAUUUAGUCGAAACACAUGACAUCGCUUUUAAAAUGGAAUGCUAUUACUAAAUGUAUUUGUAUCCAUUUAAGCUUGGUAAAUAUUUAUCUUAAUUAUUUCAAUUCAAAACGUUAAUAUUCAAAUUGUACAUUAAAGAAAGCGUACCUAAACUACAAUCAAAAGGAUAAUUAAAAUAAUAAAUUAAUAGAUGUGUUUGUAGAGGGAGUCAUUGAUGGAGUGUGUUUCGACUAUAACUAUUGAAAGUAGUAGUAAGUAAUUUCUGGAGGUUCGUGGGUGCUGCAUCUGAAUAGUAAGCAUCUGUUGGGAACUUUUUUGUACAACUAGGUAGAAAAUAAACAUAUAUACUGUUCUCGUUUAGCUUUUGUCACUGUAGUUGUGUCCUGUAAAGUUAUAUUGUUUAAAUUUUCGAAAGUUUAUUUGUUUGUUACAAGUAUAGCAGAAUUAUUAUAUGUGGACAGCGGAUAGCUUCGUUUACAAAAUUAUAAUUGUAUGUAUUAGCUAUUGUAUUGUUAAUUAAUUCUCAUAAACAUUGUUUUAUUUGCUCAAUAUAAGUGUACAGAUGUAUAUACGAUGUAUUUGCAUAUCAUUGAGGAUUAGUUUAAUAUUAUCAUUAGUUAUUUUGUUGAUCCAAGUUGUAAGACGCGGUUUGAUGUGUGGUACAGUUUUAAAAUUUGACUUUUAUAAUACACCAAAGUAUAGCAUUUUAUAAAAGUUAAAGCUAUAUACUAUAAGAUUGAACUCCAUCUCCCUUGUUAGCUGCUUAGUUCUAUUUUUCUUACUUUGUGUAUGAGCAAUAUGACAAUUCUUUAUAUCUCGCUCGUCCUUGUUGCUACAAAUACUGUUGUUGUACAAUGUUUACAAUUAUACUCUUGAUAUGAACGAAAUAAUUAAAAUAUUCUAGGAUUGUACGUACUUCAAUUUAACAAAAUAAAUGUAUAUGUAAUAGGUGUAGGAAUUUAUCUCGAAUGUUGAUAACAAAGGGAAGAAAUGUGAUCAGAUCUUGUAAUUUAGAUUUCGAAACUUAAUUUUAUUCAUUUUAAAUUCACAUCUUUAAUAAAAUAAGUAUUAUUUAUGAAUCAUUCAACAAAUUCAAAUACUAUUAUUUCAAUAUGUUUCAAAUUCAAGAUAUAUUCCAAAGUAGAAGAUGCUAUGCAGCAGUAUCUACUCUUUGCCAAUCAUUUUCAAAACUUCGAUAAUACCAAAGACAAUGCUUAUCAAGCUAUCUCAUAAAGUAGUAAAAAAUUAUCUUAUAUACGAUAUCAAUGCUGUAAAUAUUGGCUAUGUUUAUAAAAAAAAAACACAAAAAUAUGAAAAAAUAAUAUAUAGUAAGUAUAUAAUAUACAGUUGUUAUUAUUAAGUAGGUAAGUUUAUUCUUGUCUGAGUGCUACAUUUAAGAUUUUGUAGUAACUUUUCUUAGCGUAUAUGAAAGUAUGAAAUAUAAUCCUUAUAAUAGAUUACCAUUCAUAGUAUAAAAAUUAGCACCGGUGUUAUUUUUCCUAUCAAAAUUCACGAAUUAUACAAUCGCGACAGGACUCUGCUUUUGCCGAAUAUAAAUAUAUAUAAACAUAAGUAUAUUAGUGGUAUCGCUAUGCUGUAUAUAAUAAUCAUUAAUGUAUUAUAAAGUUGUAGUUUAUAUAACAUUUAUCUCAAGCGUGCGAGAAUAUAGUGCUUGAAACUUAGAAAAAUGAAAUAACAAAAAAAAAAUUAAUAAUCCGGAUUUAUAGUUAAAGGAAAGCGCGAUUUUUUUUCACAUCGUCAUCGUUGUAAAUUACGUUAGUAAUUAUUCCUUCAAUAAAGCGUUUGAUAUUUUAGUGAGCUAUUACGAUAUUAUAACUUUCUCUUGAAAAACUUGUGAGAAAUUGACUAACUAUUAGUCUUUGCUACAAAAAAAAUGUAUUAUGGAUUUUUGAUAUUUCUUUGGGCUCAGGUAAAUAAAUAUAACAAAGAGCGUAAAUGUAUUUUCUAUUAAUAAUGUAGGUAUGUACAUAUUAGUGUAAAUUUUAACACACAAUAUAUCUGAUGAUAUUUAAGAGUACCUACAUCCCAGCACGAAGAGUAUAUUUAAGUUUGUGCAUAAUAUUAUACAUAGGUCAUAUAGUUACAUGAUUUUUUUAUUUAGCUAUUAUUUGUCACAUGUAUGCAGUGUAAAUACACACAUGUUCAUCUGUCGUAACUAAAACAUUUAUUUGAAAAGUUUAUGAGCACGAAUUGAUUUGAGCACAUUUACUUUAAAACACCGUGUAUAAAUGCACUCUCUGUUUAUAAAGCACGCACACAAUUUUAUGUAAAAUCAGUUUGACAAUAAAUAAUGAAUUUAUAGCGACAAUAAUAACGCAACAUUCGUUGACAAUAAUUAUUAUUAAGAAAUUCGGAAAUAAUGGUGAUUGCAAUUAAAUUUUUCUUUUGUGUCCUGUCGUAAAUGCGUAAUAAGUAAUUAUAAUUUAAUAAAUUUUGAUUUUACAGUACCUAUGUCCAUAUCCAGUAGAUAAAUUAAUAGUAAAUGGUGACGCUCAUGUUAUUUAAAUAUACGUAUUUUCUUUAUUAGAAUAUUUAUUAUUGCUGACGUGCUUUUUCCAUUACACAAUGCAAAAUUGAUUAGAGAGGUUGACAUCGUAAGAAUAUGACACGAAAACGCAGAAGCAAGAAUGUAAUUACGCUCUAUGUACUGAUUAAGACACCACUCAUGAUUAAUCACCGAAAAUUUACAGUAUACAUGACUAUUGGCAUUUCGAAACCAAUAUGCAGAAAAAAUGGAACGAUUUCAACCAAACAUAAUAAGAACCGUUCUAACAUCUUUAACGUCCAUACGUAAGCAAUAAGAAAAUAUGUAAAAGACCGUCUGUCUUAUCACAAAUAAAUUUAAAACCUUUUUUUACGGAAAAUAACAUAGAAAAGAAUCCUCCAACUGUCAUAUAGGAUAUAGGGUAAAACAAGAACUGCUAGUAAGACUUCCAACGAAUUAAAAUAAGCUUGUCUUUAGGCUCAGAAUGAAAAGCGAUGUGAUGUUUUAACUCUACAAGUUAGAUUUAUCAGGAUGCGAGAAAACAUACAGUUGUGAAUUGACUUUGCAAGCUAAAAGCUAUUGGAAAAACACGUUGCAUAUAUAUUAAAUAUAAGAGUAAAGUAAAGAUUGCUUGCAUGUCGCAAAAAGACAAAGAAAAUACACAAUUUUAUGAAACUAUGUAUGGUAACAGUAAUAACGAAAAUUGUAGUAUAAGAAUUUCGUAUACGUAUCUACAUUAUAAACACUGCUGGAAAAAAAAUAAUUUGUUUAUAUUCUACAAUUUGAAAUGUGUAUAAUAAUAUAAUUAAAAAAAGAGAAGAAAAAAUGAAGAAAAGGUGAUCAGAAAUAACCAUUAUUUAUUGCUUAUUAACUUAGUUAAAAUAAGUUGGUUGCCAAGUACUUAAAUAGCUGCGGUUUUAUACCUUAGGUUUUUUUCAAAGUUUGAUUAACAAUGAAUCAUCUUCCUAUAGUAAAAGCAUUUGUUGAUCAGAAGAAAUUUGCGAUUAUCUCAUACACACAUUUUAUCUCAUAAAUCACAUUUUAUCUAUAUAAUAUUGUUGUGUGGUUCAACAAACUAGGAAUUAGGAAGUGAAAAUAUUAGAUAGUAAGUAUUGACAAAUAAAGUCACAAAAAUAAGCAAGGCAAUGACAAUAAAAAAUGUAGUGUGUAAAUAUUAAAUUAGUAAAAUCAUGUAUUAUUUAUUAAUUCAUAAGACUAACAUUUGCUCCAGAACAUCAUAAUUUUAUUAAUUUGCCACUUAUUAAAUAUAAAGUGUAUUUUCUAUAAAGCUUGCAUUUGUUAAUUAUAUUUUUGGGAUACGGAAAAAAAUGUAUAUGAAAUAUAAUAAAAACCACUCUUUAAUUAUGUGUCUACAUAUUCCAGGAAUUCUCGUUCUCUUCAGUGUAGGUACAUUUGAUUGACUUUAAAAAAAAUGAAAACAUAAAUUUAUUGUUACUUUCACACAUUUUUCACAUCAUUAUAUAAAAAUAGAAACAUAUAAUAUAGGUGUGUAGAGAUAUAAAAUAUAAAUAACAAAUAUUUGGACAUCGGUGAGAAUUAUCAUAUUUUUUAUUGUUAUUUAAAAAUGUUGAUAUAUUUGUUCAUUUCAUUAGAGGUAAAACAGAAUUGUAUUAUCUUCAGAAAUCAUCGAACCAUAAUUAUUAUUUCAUUUAGAAAACGUCAUUAGAAUAUUAGAUUAAAUAAUAAAGUAUUAAAUAAAAUGUUAUUUUAAAGAAUCUCUACACCGUCAAUUCUGGUUUGUAAAAAUCUACUAGAAGUGUUUCUUGUAUACGUAGUGAUUUGUAUUUAUCUAUUAGUUAGUCAUUUGUAUUUUAUAUGUCACAUAGAACACAGUAAACAUCAUUUAAAGUAUAAGCAUUCAAGGAGUAGUUUGAAUAAUAUAUAAGUUUUUCAUUGAAAAAUUAUCAUUGUUAAAUACUAAAUUUUUAGAUAAUUAUAUAUUGGUUAUUGUAAAUUCCAGAAACAAAUUGCUGAUAGUUAAAGUUUACUUAAAACCAGGACGCAAAAUAUUUAUUUGCCCAAAAUUUUGUGCGAUACUAAUCACAAAUAAAUAUACUUAUUAGUAUUACUUACUGAUUAUUAUGUGUUUUACAUAAGGCCGGGGCUCGUGCAGCUAAGAAUUUGUGUAAUAAGUACUGUAUGAUGUUUAUUUUAUAAGUGAUAAUUUUCACAAUGUCCAAAAUUAUGGCAAAAUGGGUACGGAUCCCCCUUGCACUUGUUGAAUGAGCACUGGUUAUGAAAUUAUAUAUACAUAGUUUAGUGGCGUGUACGAAUGUGAUAUAUGGUUAUGUAGAUAAUAAAUGAAUACUGUUUCUUUACGACUUUUUCAGCUAUUCAGAAAAACUCAUCUCGAAUCAUGUUGGUUUCUAUAUACAUACUUUUUUAAACGCUAGACCUAUACUUUUAAAUUUUCGCAUAGUGAUGGUAUGUUUAAUGUAUAUCCUCUAGGUAUUUGUUAAUCUAAACUAAUUUAAUGAGAUAAGACAAUAAUUUUAAUUUUACGGGGUGAUCUCACUCUAUAAGGCUGUGUCGACAAUAAUGCUUUUGAAAGCACAUUAGAGUUUAAUAUUACGGCAAAUAGUAAUAUAGAUAGUAAGGUAGGGUCUAAAAUGAAAAUGUGUAAUUUAUUCAAUAAUGUGUUAAUUUACGAUAUUGUGAAUGAUAUCAAGCAAGCAAAGCAUAAUUUUGUUGCUUAUGUUUAUUGUAUGGAUAUUAGAAGUUGUGAAGGUUCUACAUCUUAUUUCUUAUUCAAACAUCUUAUUUAGUAGGUUAUUAUCUACCUUCCUAAAUUGUAUGAAAAUUGAAAUCUAAUUUCGUACCUUUGACUUUGGAGUAUUAUGUUCCGUUCUAUUCUUUAUUUUGGUGAAUUUGAGGUAAUAGUCUAUGUACAGUAAUGAAUAAGAUUUUUCUCUAUUGUAAGGUAGUUGGUUUGUCUCUAUUGUAAGUUGGAUUCUUGCAAUGAAGCACUGGUUUGUCAAUUACUGAUUAGAUUCAUUAGAAAUUUGCUUUGUAGAUUUGUACUUGUAAAUAUUGGUCGCUUUCAAGUUAUCAUUUAUGCCAUAAGUAUUUACUUUCGAUAUAAAAAAGGAAAAAAGUGGUUGCAUAUAGGUGUUCGUCACAACUAUAACUUUAUUUUCAAUAGUCCAGAUUUAAAUUCAUGUGAUUAUUAUCGAUUAUUUUUCAGCAGAACGACUUACAUUAUAACUGAAGUAGUAGUAGUAAUAUGCAUAUGGCAAUAAAUUCCUACAUAUGGUUAACCUUUAGGUAUGCUUGUAAAUAAAGAUAAUAAAUUUUGAUUUACCUUCGUUUUUUAUGAAAGAUAACGAACUGAAGGAUUCAGGAUAUAGAUAUUUUUAGACGUUAAUUUUUUUUUAUUCAAUAUUAUUCGAAAAAUACAAGUUGUUUAAAUGGCCUAUCUUGUAAAUAUUAAACGAGUAGUUGUUAAUGUCAUAUUUUUUUUAUUCAUAGGCAAGUAGAGCAUAAAUACGAAUUCGUGUAAAUAUCUUCUAUUUAGAAAUUUAUGUUUGUCACAAGAAUUCUGCUAAUGUUAUAGUAAAUACGGCAUUGUCUUUUGGAUUUAAUCUGAAUUAUCGCAAUAACCAAAGCUGCAAAUUAUUGGCAAAGAGAAAGAAAGAGGUAAAUGUUACUAAAUAUUGAUAAUUAAUUGUUUAUGGUCUUUACAGAGGUUUCAAAAAUGUUAUUUUUAUUUAUCUAUUAGUAAACUACACUUUACAUUUAAAUAAGACAUUUCUCUUCUUAUCAAAAAAAAUAAUGUGCAACCAAAAAGUUAUGUUAUUAUCUACCUCUUAAAACUUGUGAAGUAAUUUUAAUUUCAUUGAGAACUGGUACUUUAUAUAUUGCAGGUAUCAUAUAAUUUAAUGUUUUAUAGUUAUAGAUAUUCUUAUACACCAAAACAGUUAUUUAUUGAUGUGAUAUUUCAAUUAUUUAAUCGCAAUAUUUCGUUGUAUUAUAUUUAUUUUCAAUUGUGUAUUUCAAAUUUUUGUUAAAAAUUAUCAUAACAUAAGAUAUUGUUGAGUGUGAUAUAUUUGAUCUCAAGUUAAGUUAAUUAUUGAAUUAAUUAUUAGUGUUUACUUAAAAAAGCUGGUAACAUUAUCUUCCCUAAUAUAUGUUUGAAAAUUUAACUCUUCUUUUAUUGUUGUUGUAAAAAAUAAAACAAAGAUUAUGGUACAUUUAUAUUUAUUUUUCAACACACCCAAAUCCAUUUAUAUUUAAAGAGUGAAUAAUCUGAUAAUUCUGUCCAGUUAUAGACUUGGAGUCGUUUCAGUUAACCUACAAUUGUUAAUUUGAUAUUUACAUAACUCUGCAGAGCGCUUUUUUUGCGUAUUAUCGAAAUCGAGGAAAUUAUUGAUCCAUAUCACUUAGUCCUGGACCAGGCUUUUAUAUUAGUCUUACAAUAAAUUAAUAAAUAUAAAAAUACGACGUACAAUUAUUUACGAGUAGGUAGGUACAUUUAUAAGAAAAUAAAUAAUAAAAUGGCAGCUCUAUUUGGAUAAAGAUAAUUUCUUAGCAUGAAUUUUCUUAAUCUUAUCCAAAA